UCAACCGCGAUUGAACAUUCUCACUGUCGCGAUACGAUGCUUAUGAGAAUCGGCGCAUCAAGUCCCAAUCAGUUAUAGAAUAAUAGUAUCGCUGCGAGCGCCAUACUACGAGAUUAGCCAUGACUGAGACCGCAAAUCUCCGCUUUUGCCACCAGCAUGCCAGCCAGAAAGAGUCAACCAGGAAGGCCUUCCACGCGAAGGACGCGUCAAUCGGCUCGCCAACGCCAGGACUCCGACGAUGGCAUCCCCGAAGUGUACGGUGAGAUGCUAGCGGAAGCCGCGCGCGAAGAACAAGCCGCAUCCUCUAACCCAAGAGCAACAAAGCGGAGAAAGCUUGAUGAAGAACCCUCGACCAAGAUUGGGCUCGACUUUGAUCUUUUCGGCUCUGACGAUGUCGUCGCUAAUAAAAGUGUGACCGCUGCUAACGACCAGCCUUCAGAAAAGCUGCAACAGAUCGUCUAUGACGAAUUCGAAGGCUCAGGCGACUCGGAUGUCGAAUUCGAGGACGUCGAUUUGGAAGCCCUUCCGGAAGAGAACGAUGAUAUAGCUGAAAAGCCGCAGCCAAAGUUUCUCGAACUCGACUUGUCAACUACGAAUUUGGAAACACCAAAGCGUGCUGCGACACGACGCAAGCCAGUUGGACCCGGUGAGCGAAAGCUCCGUUUGGAAGUGCACAAGGCACAUCUGGUCUGUCUGCUAUCCCACCUCAACUGUAGAAACAGGUGGUGCGAGGCCGAAUCUGUGCAGUCUGUCUUAAAGCCGCUCAUACCCCGAAAGAUCACCGCGUUACUGCACGUCGAUGAGUCCCAACCUCAAUAUCAACGCUCGCAUUGCUUUACAAAAGGCAUCGAAGAAGUGUGUUCGAUUUGGAGGCUGCAAUGGCAAAUAACAGCAAGAGGUAUGAGGCGUGCGCAUUGGAAGGACGAUGUCGAUGCAUUGAAAGAGAGCGACGACAUGGAAGAUUUGAUCGACUUCGACGAUUUCAAAGCUGCUGCAAAAUCAAGAUCGGGAUCGAGAGAUCUGGCAGCCCAGCUAUUCUGUGCAUUGCUCCGGUCAGUCGCCGUCGACACUCGACUGGUCUGUUCACUCCAGGUCUUACCAUUCUCGGGCGUUGCUAAAGGCCAAACACCCGAAAAGCCAAAGCCGCAGUACUACCAUGCACCGGCGCAGAAUUACUCUGCGUCUCCAACAGGGGCACGUCCCGAGCGAACCACUCCGAAAAAGAAAAGAAUAGUCGAAUCUCCGUUUCCGAUCUUCUGGGUGGAGGUGUACUCGCCUUCUACAGCCACCUGGAUACCCUUGGACCCCAUAGUACGCAACACCAUCAACAAACCAAAGACGGGCUUUGAGCCACCUGCAGCCGAUCAGUUGAACAGCAUGACGUACGUGGUCGCGUUCGAGGACGAUGGAUCCGCCAAAGACGUAACGAGGCGAUACACGCAAUGGUACAAUGCAAAGACACGGAAGCUAAGAGUCGAGAGUACGAAAGGCGGGCAGGAAUGGUGGCAGAGAACGAUGCAGGCAUUCGAGAAGCCCUUUGCAGAGGACAGAGACGACAUCGAAGACGCAAUGCUCACCAAGCGUGCCGAAAGCGAACCAAUGCCACGGAACGUGCAGGAUUUUAAGGGACAUCCUGUCUAUGUUCUUGAGAGGCAUUUGCGCAUGAAUGAGGUCAUACACCCUAAGCACGAAGUGGGCAAAGUGAGCACUGGUCCAAGCAAGACCGCCAAGCUGGAGAGUGUCUAUCGUCGGCGAGAUAUUCAUCUCUGUCGCAGUGCCGACGCCUGGUACCGGCGUGGAAGAGAUGUGAACGAAGGAGAGCAACCUCUGAAACGAGUGGUGACAAAGAAAAGGCGUGAUCAAGCUGUAGUGCUCGAUGAGGACCUUGGCGAGGAUCACGAGGCCAAUGAAGGCACCGCUCUCUAUGCCGAGUAUCAGACGAGCCUCUACAUACCGCCUCCUGUGGUCGAUGGUCAGAUCCCCAAGAACGCGUACGGCAACCUGGAUGUCUACGUGCCCACAAUGAUUCCAGCAGGAGCAGUCCACAUCCGCCACCCUCUCGCAGCCGAAGCAGCACUUGUCCUUGGUGUCGAUUACACGGACGCCGUGACCGGUUUUGAGUUCAAAGGGCGGCAGGGUACUGCUGUUGUCGACGGUGUGGUCGUAAGCGAAGACACGACCGAUGCAAUGAUACAUGUUAUCGAAGGACUGGAGUCUCAAGCAUCAGACGCAGCCGAAGAGGCCAGGAGCAGGAUCAUUCUCGGAGUGUGGAAGAGAUGGCUUACGGCGUUGCGAGUACGAGAGCGCGUCCACCAGCAGUAUGGCGACAACGAGGAAAGUCAGACAGUUGCAGCUGGCGACGAUGACGAGGAGGACGAAACGUAUGAAGGCGACGAUGCAGAUCAUGGAGGCGGGUUCAUGCACGAAGCAGCCGAGCCAGGCCAACCAAGUGCAAAGCAAUCAGCAACUGAUACUGAAGCUGCAUUGGCAAAGUUGAAACCUACCGAACAACUUCUGCCGCCUGAAGUCAUCCAUCAAGAUGUCGUGGUUGUCAGAUCUCCGAAUAAGCUACCCACAUCAGCCGUGCUGGAAGACGGCAAGCGGCAGAAGGGCAGUAGCUUGGCUCGAGCAGACUACGAAGAUGGCGGCGGCGGAGGAUUCGUGCCAGAAGAAGCAGACGACAUUGAAGGUGGAGGAUUUCUUCCCGAGGACAAUGAUGCCGGUGGCGGUUUCAUCCGUGAAGCCGAGGAUGAUCACAAGGGGAAUCCAGUUCCUGGCAUGGACGACGGCGAAGUCGGAGGCGGCUUCCUGCCUGAAGAGAGCACAACUACAAUCCAGACCACAGAAAGACCUAAAGAUUCCCCGACUCUGGACAAGCCACGCGCAACUCCAGCGAACGAUGCAGCCGCCGAACACGCCUCCCCAGCUGAUCCGACAGUAGCCGAUGAGCCAGACCCCAGUGCCCGUGCCGCUGCGAGGACGGCUUUGGCGGGCGAAGGUACAGGCUCCAUUCAACCUCCAUCGGACAUCGAAGCGAAAAGCGCAUCUCCCCCCGCUGCAGAAUCCAGACCACAAAACGAUCCUGACGCAGAAACUCCUCAGUCCGAAACGUCGCUCCUCUCGCACGAUCCGGAUGAAGAAGACGCAGAGCCCGAGUGGUUGUUGAACAGUCUAGGGGAACUUUGAUGCUCUCGCACUGCUCUC